AUGUCACCAUCGGUUGUGGUAGCUAUAUCCGCGGUGUACCGGCGUGGUGGCUGUCAGAUCCUGGUCUUCCUAUCGUCGGCCUUCAGCUGCUGCUCCGUUUGGCUGACGGUGGGCUUCACGGCUGAGCGCUUCGUGGCCAUCCGCUACCCGCUGUGGCGGCUACAGCUGGGCUCGACGAGGCUGAGACCGAAGCUGGCCAUCCUGGCGACUGCGCUCUGCAGCUUCGCCUUCAACGCGCAUCUGCUGCUCUUCGUCGGAGUCCACGAGGUCCCAGGCGGAUACCAGGAGUGCGGACUCAAGCCAGAGUACGAGAAUGCCAUGUACUACAUCACCAUCAUCGACACGGUGCUGACGCUCAUCGUGCCCUUCCUGCUACUGACAGUGAUGAACUUUAUGAUCGCCAGGUCCAUCUACCUCUUCUACGCCAGGUAUCGCCAGCAGAGAGCCUUCUGCAGGGAGGGAUACCCCAUGAGGGUGUUUAUAAAUCCCCUUCCUUCGAAGCAGAAUGAGUCGGGCAGCACUCUGCACGCCACCCAAAGCGGCAGCAACGUCAUUACGCCUGUGACGCAGAUGAGCGUGACCCGAAUGCUCCUGCUCGUGUCCACGGUCUUCAUCUUGCUCAACCUGCCCAGCUACGUCUUGCGCAUCUACGUUUUUCUGCUCUAUUUCGGCGACGCCGAGUCCCUGGAGGCGGCCUCCGGUUCCCUGGCUUACAUCCUUCAGCGAUACUUUAUGAUUUUGUACUACACCAACUUCGCCAUCAACUUCGUCCUGUACAACGCGAGCUCCAGAAUGUUUCGUGUCACGCUGUACGACUACGCGCGUAACCGCUGGUUGGCGUUCCGCAACUCCAUCGUUAGACUCCGGAAUACCUUGUCGCACUCUUCGACGAGUCAGAACGACGUAGCCAUCAUGUAG